AUGAAUCUUUUCAUUUAUGUCCUUUUUUUGUCCAUUUGGACAAACAGUUGCUUCAAUACAAACCAAGGUAAUGUAUCUUCUACUACAGGCAAUAAUCCACUUCAAUCAUUGGUGGCAAGAAUGGACAAUUUUAGGAGACGUCUACUCGUUAUCAUAAUUGGCAUUAUGAUCGUAUCCUUUGCCUUUACCUGUUUUUGUUUUCUCCAUUAUAAUUGUGUCAGUGACGAUGUCCCCAGAGGAGGAGGAAUGACCACAAAUCGAGAAAUAGUAGCCAACUCAUCCAAAUUAUCACUCAGUGCAACCAAGACUAGCAGUCUAUGCAGUCCAGAAAAACAAUCCCUGCUACCCAGUGUGGACAAGUUAUAUGGACUACCAAGCCCAGAAAAGUCAUCCAUACCAUCCAGUGCAGAAAAAUUAAUCAGGCACUCAAGUACAGAAAAGUCAUCCCUACCAUCUAGUACAGAAAAGAUGAUCAGAACACCCAGUCCGGGAAAGUCAUCCAUGCCAUCCAGUGCAGAAAAGUUAAGCAGAACACCCAGUCCAGAAAAGUCAUCCAUACCAUCAAGUGCAGAGAAACUGAUCAGGGAAUCAAGUCCAGAAAAGCCAUUCUUACCAUCCAGUGCAGAAAAGUCAAUCAGACAAUCAAGUCCAGAAAAAGGAUUCAAGUCAUCCAACCUAGAAAAGUCAGCUAGGGAAACCAAUCUAAAAAAGCCAUAUAAGCUAGCCAGUCAAGUCUGUUCAUCCUAUCCAGAUAAGCCAGUCAGGCCAUCUCGGUCAGCUAAUCCACAAUAUCCAGCCAGGCCAGCCAAGUCACCCCAUCUACACUCUCCACAAAAUAAAAAAUUUCCACCCAAGUCAUCCUGUCCAAGGAAACAUGCCGGGAUGAAAAUUGCUGAAAAUCCAUCAUUUUCAAGAGAAUUGAAGUCUUAUUUCAGGUUCUAUCAUAAGAGAGCUUCCAUGUACAAGGAAUACUGUAAUGAAGUGAGUGAUAGUGAUUUGAUGACAUAUGACAGUGAAGAUGACAGUGAUGGGGAAGUAACCAUUAUUUGUAACAUAAGGGUCACGGGCUUGUCCGCCUGUGGCAUCUACACCUGGAGCUCCACAACAUCUGUCCAAGUGUUCUGGUCUUCAUGA